UAUUAUUAUUAUUAUUAUUAUUAUUAUUUUCAGGUAGAGGUGUAAAUUGCAGGAGCAUUCAUAUGACACUUGUUUUGCACUUCUUGAAGAGAAUCCUGGAAAAGGCACAUUGGGUUUAAGAAGUUGCAGACAGUUUCUAUGCUGCAUUCAGCUACAAUUACACUGACUGAUUGAACAAGAUUAAAAUGAUAAUACUAGUUCAAGCUAAAAGUGUCAGUAGUCCAUUUCUAAAAUGCAAGUAGUACCAUGGCUUGUAUUCCAUACUUUACAAGAAAAAAAAAAGAUACAGGGAAUCAUUUCUCCACUAAAAUAUCUAAGAAAAUCUGUAGGCAACCAUAUACAUUUAAAUACAACUCUGAAUAUUAGCUUUAGCCUAUCUUUAUGCCAAAUUAGCUUCUUUUCAAUACAAUUCCACUUGUGUUCAAUUAUAGAUCAAUUUAUCCUAUUACUUCAUAUUUGUGAAAUUGUGAAAAUGUAUUUAAAUGUACAUUUAAUGAUGUAUUUUUCAGAUUGUCAAAACAUACAAACUAUAUUUUUCUCAGAAUAAAGUAAAAGCUCUUUGAAAUCAAGAUUAGAUUCUGAAUUCAUGGACACAUCCAUGUAGUUCUGUAGGCAAUAAUAUGGAUGCAAUUUGCCAUAGCUUUCCCCUGGGAUGCUUUUUGAUUUUCUGGUCUAUCCUAUAGUUCCAGUAGUCUCCUAGUCAAGUAAUAACCUGAAUCUGCUUAGCCUAUACAACAUUGAUCAAAUGCUCCUUAUUUUUAAAAACUUGUCUCUCAAAAAUGACAUAUUGUGACAUAUCGUGACUUUUUCUCCAUAGCCAGCAAUAGGGUGGGUGCGUUUUUGGCAUGACACAUCUGGCCCGCAGGCCAGCAGUUUGACACCCCUGCUUUAGAAGAUUACCAUCUCAUUGAGGCAAGAUGGAUGAACUUACAAUAGUUAUAGGAGCACAGUUGGAACACAUAAAGGUCAAGCUGGAAACAAAGAUUCAUGGACAAAAGCUAACUAUGUGAUUGCUAGGACUUGAUGCCACAUAAUCAAUUAAUUAAUGUCACUUAGAAAUGUUCCAUGGAAAACAAAACUGCUGUGACUGAAUUUCUUCUGUUGGGAUUCUCUGGUGAUCCAACAUUCCAAGUUUUCUUGUUCCUGGUUUUUUUAUCAAUCUACUUAAUAACUUUAGUAGGUAAUAUGGUAAUCAUAUUGGUAAUAAGGACUGACCCUCAACUACACACUCCAAUGUAUUUCUUUCUUGUUAACUUAUCUUUUAUAGACAUCUGCUAUUCUUCUGUAACAGUUCCCAAAAUGCUACAGAAUCUCCUGACUACUAAAAAGACAAUUACUGUCUGUGGCUGCAUAGCUCAGAUCUUUUUCUUUAUUUUCAUGGUUGGAACAGAGAUCUUCUUACUUUCAGCAAUGGCAUAUGAUCGUUAUGCUGCUAUAUGUAACCCACUGAGAUACAGCACCAUUAUGAACCACCGCUUAUGCAUCCAAAUGGUACUGUUUGCUUGGCUAUCAGGUUUCCUGGAUUCCCUUGUCAAUACCCUUUUUUUAACUGACUUACACUUCUGUGGUCCCAGUAACAUUACCCAUUUCAGCUGUGAGUUACCUCUGCUAUUGCAGCUGUCUUGCACUAGUACUUUUGCCAAUGAAAUGGUCAUUCUUACCUUUAGCAUGCCAUUAGGAUUUGCUGCCCUUCUUCUAAUUAUAGCUUCCUAUGUUCAUAUUGUUGGUUCCAUUCUCAAGAUAAAUUCUGCAGAAGGAAGGCAGAAGGUAUUCUCUACUUGUGCUUCCCACCUCACAGUAGUUUUCCUGUUUUGUGGGACUGCUUUCAUUAGAUACAUGAAACCUGCCUCUGGCUAUUCAGACACCGUGGACAAGCUAGCAUCAAUCCAGUACAGUAUCCUAACCCCCAUGUUAAACCCCAUUAUAUACAGUCUGAAAAACAAAGAUGUAAAAAAUGCUCUGAAGAAGCUUUUUAGAAAGUGACUUCAAAAAGGUCGUUGAACUUAUUGAAUUUUGAGAUUACCUUCAUGAAGAAAGAGAAUGCAUGAAGGCAGAUUACCUUCAUGAAGAAAGAGAAUGCAUGAAGAUUGGCAACUACGAUAUGGCAUGCCUCAUUAAAUUACUAACUGAAGUUGUCACUUUCUUCUACAACUUUAUCCAUACCCUUUAAAUUACAGGAUGGAGUUCAACCUGUUUGGAACAAAUUGUACUCCUAGGACUUUCAUCUUUUCACUUACUGUUUAUGACUUCAACCAAAUAAUAGUGAUAUUCAAGCAGAGCCCAUUUGAUAUAGAAUACCAUAUUCAUUAAUACCAUAUGUGUAAAGACUUCAUGGCUGAUAGUUUAAGACACUUCAUAACUCCAAUUGCAUUUCUUUUGGAGCUGGAUGAGUCAGAGAAGGGCAUUCUCGCCUAACACAAGGUUCCAUUAUAUAUAUAUAUAUAAUGGAAUUUUACAAUCUGACCUGUUAGCAGACUUGAGCCAUUAUAGCUAGCAUGCUAAUCUGCUUGACUUAUAUGAUUUAAUACCUAACUGUAUGAAAAGUUUCUGAUAUCUGAUCCAGAAUCCUGUAACAAUGCAUAACAUGGCCAUGUGCUGUACACCUGCUUAUCAAAAACUGCAUUGAUAAAAUGUUGCAGCGAUAUUUACAACAAACUCUUAAUGAACUUUGGAAAUGAUGUGCAAUUGUUGGGAAAGUUCCCAAUUAAAAACCUAGGAAAAUAUUUCAUUAUUAAUAGCGAAAUGAGGAUAUUUGACCCUGGACUCAAAGAUAAUAAUUGGGGUGAUUUGUGACAAAAAAGGAACCGUGUAGACUUUCUAUGAAUAAAUUAUAAUAAUAAACAGUUAA